AGGAGGCACAGAGAAAGCUGCAGGAUGUUCACUGGUUUGUUGCUCUGCUGCUGCUCCUUCAGUCUGCUGCGACUCUCUUCCUCUCUGGUUCAUGGAAACAUCCACCUAGACGAGGGUCCGAUUCCAGGACGCCGCGUCGAUACGUCCUACCUGUCUGACAUAGGAGAGAGAAGCCACGCCCCCAGCCCUGUUCAAGACCCCGCCCUCUUGGACUCAGAGGAAGAUGGCUUCCUGAUGGAGCCGGCCUCCAACAAUGAGGAUCCGUCUGCGGUGCUGCAGCUGCAGGGYCGGGCCGUGCGCUCCCCCCGCCGCUGCAUCCCCCACCAACAGUUCUGCCUGGGCUACUCGCUGCCCUGCUGCGACCCCUGCGACACCUGCUACUGCCGCUUCUACAACGCCAUCUGCUACUGCCGCCCAGUCGGCCACACCUGCCCACCCAGACGCACCUGAAGAGCAGCCGCUGCCAUGUUUGAAUGUUUAUAUGAUUAAAUGUGGUUUUGUGAAAUAAA